GUGUCACAGACGGAACCCGGUGAUUCGAUCGCUAUUCGGUGGCGCCGCUGCAUCUGCCCACUCGAGACUAAGCCGUCGGCCGGCCAGCUGAAGAGCGAGCAGCAGUCGAGCAGAGCACAGUUGACAGCGAGCAGACAGUCCGGGAGAGUCGGUAGUUGAAGAUGCUUCGCCUACGGACGAUAACCGCGCCGAUGCGCCGGCUGGCCGUCGCGGCCGAGUCGAACAAACACAUGAGCACAUCUUCAUUCGAAGGGUCCAUCCACAAGAUCCCGGACAGGCUGAAGGACAUCCCGGACGCGCUCAACCCGAAAUUCUUCUCCAUGGUCGAGUACAACUUCCACCGCGCGUGCCAGGUCGCAGAGCCGAACCUGCUCGAGGCCAUGAAGAAACACCGCAUGUCCGACCGCGACAGGACCGAAAAGGUGAAGGCCAUCCUCAACCUGAUGGAGCCGUGCGACCACGUGAUCGAAAUCACCUUCCCCAUCCGCAGGGACUCUGGAGAGUACGAGAUGAUCACGGCCUACCGAGCCCAGCACUCCACCCAUCGCACCCCCUGCAAAGGAGGUAUUCGUUACUCUCUUGAUGUGAGCCGCGAUGAGGUCAAGGCCCUGUCUGCCCUGAUGACCUUCAAGUGCGCGUGCGUGGACGUGCCCUUCGGCGGCGCCAAGGCCGGCGUGAAGAUCAACCCUAAGCUGUACUCUGAACACGAACUCGAAAAAAUCACCCGACGAUUCACCCUGGAGCUGGCCAAGAAAGGCUUCAUCGGGCCCGGCAUUGACGUGCCCGCUCCCGACAUGGGCACCGGCGAGCGAGAAAUGUCUUGGAUCGCCGACACUUACGCCAAGACCAUUGGACACCAGGACAUCAACGCUCACGCCUGCGUCACCGGCAAACCCAUCAACCAGGGUGGCAUCCACGGCCGCAUCUCAGCCACCGGCCGAGGUGUCUUCCACGGCCUCGAGAACUUCAUCAUGGAGGCUGGCUACAUGAGCCAGAUCGGAACCACUCCUGGCUGGGGUGGCAAGACUUUCAUCGUGCAGGGCUUUGGUAAUGUCGGCCUCCACACCAUGAGGUACUUCCACCGAGCAGGAGCUGUCUGCAUUGGCGUCAAGGAAUACGAUGGAUCCAUUUACAACCCCGACGGUAUCGACCCCAAGGCACUGGAAAACUACCGCAAUGAGAACGGCACCAUUGUUGGCUUCCCUGGCGCCCAGCCCUACGAGGGCGAGGACCUCAUCUACGAGCCGUGCGACAUCUUCGUCCCCGCCGCCAUCGAGAAGGUGAUCACCAAGGAGAACGCUUCCAAAAUCAACGCCAAGAUCAUCUGCGAGGCUGCCAACGGCCCAACCACGCCCGCCGCUGACAAGAUCUUGAUCGACCGCAACAUCCUGAUCAUCCCCGAUUUGUACAUCAACGCUGGUGGUGUCACCGUCUCCUUCUUCGAGUGGCUCAAGAACCUGAACCACGUGUCUUACGGCCGUCUGACCUUCAAGUACGAGCGCGAGUCCAACUACCACCUGCUCGAGUCUGUGCAAGAGUCGCUGGAGAGGCGCUUCGGCAGGGUGGGAGGCCGCAUCCCCGUCACGCCCAGCGAGGCCUUCCAGCAACGCAUUUCCGGCGCCUCCGAGAAGGACAUCGUGCACUCUGGCCUUGACUACACCAUGGAGCGGUCGGCCAGGGCCAUCAUGAAGACGGCCAUGAAAUACAACUUGGGACUGAACCUGCGCACUGCUGCUUACGUCAACUCGAUCGAGAAGAUCUUCACCACCUACAAGGAGGCCGGCCUCACUUUCUAAGCCGGUUGCAAGAUAUGUUGUGCAGCCAUUAUUGAGACAAAGUUGGCGUUUAUUUUUGGUGGAAACUCGCGUGUGAAUCGAGGCCGAAUUUAAUGUAUUAAUUAUCCCAGUCAUUUGAAACAAUCAAUCUCAAUUUUUUCCGUAUUUGAACCGACAGUUGACUCAAGAAUGAGAUGCACAAUUAAUAUUCCUAAUUGUUGACGGUUGUUGAGAGAAAGAGAUUGAAUACGUGAUGCGCCAGUGAGUGACUUAAAAGAGUAUAAAAUAAAAGACAUGAAUGUAUCGAA